CCCAUUUUCAACAGAUAGCGCAGUUGCGAUGACAGGACUCGCGUGUGGCUCUCUUGAGUUUUGUAGCCGGUUAAGUUGAUUUGGCAAGUUCAUUAGGUUUCAUUGUGAUCUGAUGUUGAGCCCUGACGUUAUAGCGCAUUUGCUCUAAGGCGUGACUAUAUAAAUUGUUAAAUAUAGGCUGAUUCACAUUUAUUGAAUGGCUUUAGGGUUAGCUUUGCGCACCUCUUCGGACAGCACCAACACCACCGGCACCACCACACCCACACUGCUCCGCUGCAGCAGUGGUAUGAUGUUGCGGUUGUUAGCCCUAGGGUUCUUGGGUGUUACCAUAACACCCGUCGUUUGUAUCCUCCCUGAGAUACAAAAUAACGGUAUUCAUCACAUUCUGGAUUAUAAUUCGUAUCAUGUUGAUGUCGAGACUUCGAUGGACAACAAUGUUGUCGAGACGGUCACGGAGCAUCCUGCCGAGAACAAGCGAGAGGAAUUCGAAGACGCAUCUAAUCAAGUUAACCAGGGUGACCAGAAAAUACAAUCAAACGUUUAUAAUGAAACGGGCUCGGAAAAAGUGGUUGUUGGCAAUCAUUCAGUGCAAAUUUUCGACAAGAUAUUAGACAAUAAUAUUCCCACUGGGGAUACAGAAGAAGACUUUAACAGCCAAGUCGUUCGGGCCAACGGCAAGGAGUGCAUCAUCGCUGAAGACUGUGAGAGGGGAAGGUACUGUUUCUAUGACACACAAAACUCAAAGUGUCUCCCUUGCAAAGCUCUUGAUGUGCCCUGCACCAAGGAUGCGGAGUGCUGCGAUGGGCACAUGUGUGUGUGGGGACAGUGCAGUCCCAACGCUACCAAAGGGGAGGCUGGCAGAAUAUGUCAUUACCAGGGUGACUGCAAUGAAGAUCUUUGUUGUGCUGUUCAUAAAGCUCUGCUAUUUCCAGUCUGCUCAGCCAAGCCCAUUGAGCGUGAGCGCUGCUUAGGCCCCUCAAACCACCUGACGGAAAGGAUGUCCAUAGACGGGAAGGGAGAAGGACCACUGGAGCACUGCCCCUGUGUAGGUGAUCUGCACUGCCAGCCCCUCGGACGCGGCUCCCUGUGUCUUCAGGGACCGAAAUCUAGCGAAGAGGACCUGGCUGACACUCUUUACUCAGAGAUCGACUACAUCGUCUAGACUAUUUUUUCCUAAGAAUUAAAUUGGAUAUCAUUGAGCAGUUCAGAUGCUUGCAAAAUCUGGGACACUGCGAACAUCACUCAUUGAGAAAAUCAAAUCAAUUACAUAUCCCAAGAAUAAGGCACUAAAAACGUUACACCUCCAAGUUAUUACAGGCUGGCUCCUAACACGGAUGUUCAGCACGGAGGCUUGACCAUAUUCACUGCUAGACAAAUUGUAGCAUGCAGUUGCGGCUGUUCCAGGCUAUGGCUCAACAUUCAGUUCCAGGAUGUACUGGGUACCUAUUACUACCUUAUUACAAUGUUAUUGCAGGCUCGUUAGACCUUGUGAGACCCUAUAACCCUAUAACUCAUCAGCCACCAUCACCCACCACCGCAAACACUUUAUAAAAGCUUAUUUGCACUCGUCUUCCUGGCUGUCCACACCAUGUUUAGGCCUUAUGUCAGUGCCUGAUUGCAUCAAAUCAGGAGUGUAAGACACAAGAGCUAUGCAGAAAAUAACUACGGCCUUCAGAUUUGGUGAAAUGUACACUAGAUCAAUUUGUUCUAAUCAGCAUUAUUUGUACAUUGUACAACUCUUGCUUAAUAAAUAUUCAAAAAACAUUUGGUUUUCGCAUCAUUUCUUUUGAAAUUAUGUUCAAUAUAAAUUGCUAGAAAACUCCAAUUAUGAAAAAAUUAUUUUAUUCAACUCUAAAAUUCUGAUACUAUGUUCACACAGGAUUUUAAUUCUUAAAGAAAUACAAAUAAACAAAAAAAACAAAAUCAGAUAUUGGCAUUUCUACAGUGAACAGCUGGUGGGCAGCACCAGAAGGCCAGCAGUGCUGAAGGACUUGGUUUAGCGCGGCUGGGUGACGCCCAAAAUGUAUAGCAAGUUCAGCAGGCUCUACACCCCUGGGAGUCAGGACUAUCAAGCAGCAGCCAGUAGAAGCGCCAAAACGUGAUUCUGUCUCAUCACAAAACAACCUUGCCCUGCAGAUUUUAACGACCCGUGCGCCCACGCCAGUGCUCCCACUAGAAGGUACGCAUUGCGUUCACACGCAACACACAGAAAAAAACCAACUCAUCGUUGCCAGCAAAAAAAAAA